AUGCGGCUGCUGCUUUUUCUCUUCAACUGCCUCUUUGCUGCUGCUGCUGCUGCUGCUGCUGCUGAUGUGCAGCGGCUGACUGUUUCCGAGCUGAGAGACAUGCUGCGUGCAGCGCGUGCAGCAGCAGCAGCAGCAAACACAGCAGCAGCAGCAGCAAAAGGCCCAGCAGCAGAAGCAGCCGCUGGAACAGCAGCAGCAGCAGAAGCCGCAGCAGCAGCAGCCGGAACAGCAGCAGCAGCAGCAGCAGGAGCAGCAGCAGCAGCAGCAGAAAGCUUCGAGCUGCUGUUUGUUGCCUUCACCAGCAACACGUCAACAGCGUGGGCAGCUUUGGCCCGGCCCUUCAGAGCAGCAGCAGCAGACUAUGCGCGCGUUGCUGCAGCGCAGCACGAGGCCCUCACUCAGCAGCAGCAGCAGCAGCAGCAGCAGCAGCAGCAGCAGCAGGGGCUGCUGCUGUUGCCCACAGUCUCUUUUAGGGAGUUCGACUGCGCAGCAAAUGCUGAGGCCUCUUCUCUCUGCACUGUUUGUCUUGCAAUACCCAUGCACCCCACAUUCCUGCUGCUGCGGCGGCCUGCUGCUGCUGCUGCUGCUGCUGCUGCUGCUGCAGAGGAAACGUCCAGCCCUGAGCUAGCAGCAGCAGCAGCAGCAGCAGCAGUUGACGCUGUAGUUGUCGACGCCUUCAGCCCCACAGCAGCUCCCAGCGGAGGGGAUUUUGUGCAGUUUUUGCUGCGCUAUGCUUCUCCCUUCUCCGCCCCAGCAGCAGCAGCAGCAGCAGCAGCGGAAGCAGCAGCAGCAGCAGCAGCAGCAGCAGCAGAGGACAGAUGCGUGAUAGACGUGGAGGGGCAGCAGCUAGUGGAGCUGCUGCACUUUGACAGCAGCGCCGGCAGCAGCAUGCCUUCUUUCUUGCUUUGCCUGGGGCCCCACACGCAGCAACCAGCAGCAGCAACAGCAGCAGCAGCAGCAACAGCAGCAGCAGCAGCAGCAGCAGCAGCAGCAGCAGCAGAAAGGGAUGCUGCGCUUUCUGCCUUCCGAAGAGCUUCCUGUACGUACCCAAGAAGGAAUUUGUUUCUUUUGUCUAGAGACCUUACCCUUUGCUCCAAAAUCAGCAGCAGCAGCAGCAGCAGCAGCAACAGCAGCAGCAGCAGCAGCAGCAGCAGCAGCAGCGAGAGCUCGUUUAUGCUGCUCGCGCUGCAGCCUCUCGCUGCUGCUGCUGCAGCAGCAGAGCAGCAAGGAGGACAGCCCACGGAGCGGCAGCAGCAGCAAGAGAUGAUGACUUUCUUGAGGAGACAGUGGAGAGACAGCAAAGAAAGGCAAGACCUCCUUGAAGCAGUCCGUGUUCUCAGCAGCAGCAGCAGCAGCAGCAGCAGCAGCAGUAGCUGCAGCAGCAGCAGCAGUAGCUGCAGCAGCAGCAGCAGCAGCAGCAGCAGCGGGGGAGGAGUCUGUGUCCCGCUGCUGCUGGCGCAGGAGAGAGAUUUCUUCCUGCCUACGAUGGACGGCGGCUGCAGCGGCGCUGCUGCUGCCGCUGCUGCUGCUGAUUACCAAGCAGCAGCAGCAGCAGCAGCAGCAGCAGCAGCAGCAACAGCAGCAGCAGUGGAGCGGUUUCUUGAAGCUUAUGACCAGCCAGUGCUGUCUUUUGUCUCCGAGUCGAAUUUCUUUCGGCUGCGGCUGUCAGCAGGAGCAGCAGCAGGAAGGGGGCGGCUGCUGUUUACUUUGGUGUUGGAUGCUGCUGCUGCUGCUGCUGCAGCAGCAAGAGCCAACGACGCUGCUGCUGCUGCUGCUGCUGCUGCAGCAGAGCGCAGCACGGCCAGCAGCCCCGCGCAGGCAGCAGCCUACGACAUCUUCGGGGUUUCUGCGGAGCUGCAGCAGCAGCUGCAGCAGCAAGACCGCAUGCAGCAGCUUGCUGCUGUCAAGAUGGAUGAGGCGCAGCAGCAGCUUUCUUACUUUUUCUCAAUUGCUGCUCAGCAGUCCCAGAAGCCCACGCUUGACGCAGCAGCAGCAGCAGCUGCUGCUGCUGCUGCUGCUGCUGCUGCUGCGGAGGCUGGGGCAGACCCCGCAGCAGAAGCCGCAGCAGCAACAGCAGCAGCAGCAGCAGCAGCAGCAGCAGCAGCAGCAGGGCCCUCUCCCGGGCCCGCGAGCUUCGCGCUGCUGGACGGCCUUUCCUUCGGAGAUGUGCUGGAGUCAUUUGGGGUGUACGUACACCUGGAGCUGCCUGCUGUUGUUGGCUUUUCGCCGCUCUUUGCUGCUGCUUCGAGGCCCUCUGCUGCUGCAUUCCGAGCCCUGCAGCAGCAGCAGCGGCAGCAGCAGCAGCAGCAGCGGCAGCAGCAGCAGCAGCAGGAGGCGAGCUGGGGCCUGUCUUUGCGGGAGCCGGCGUUCUACAUCCGGGACCGGUGGCAGCUGAGGCUGGAGACGCUGCAGCAGCUGCUGCAGCAGCAGCAGCAGCUGCUGCUGCUGCAGCAGCAAAUCGAAGGCACAGACUGGUGGCUCGAAGGCAGCUGGCUGCGCAAAGCUGUGGGGCUGCUGCUGGUGCUGCCGCUGCGGCGCCCCACAGUGGAGUUUUUGUACGCUGGGGUGUACAGACAGCUGGGCACGCUGCUGUGGCUUUGCUGCUGCUGCCUGCUGGCCCUCAUUGUCUUUCUGCUGGUUUGCUGCAGUCUCUGCGACUGGGACGCUUUCGGGGAGAAAGCAGCAGCAGCAGCAGCAGCAGCAGCAGCAGCAGCAACAGCAGCAGCGGCAGCAGCGGCGGCAGCAGCGGCGGCAGCGCCGCGCGCCGCUGCUGCUGCCGCCCGAAACGCCUGCGCAGCCUUCCGGGGCCCCAGCAGCAGCAGCUGCAGCAGCAGCACUGCAGCGCAGCAGCAGCAGCAGCAGCAGCAGCAGCAGCAGCGAGAAAGAGGCAGCACUUCAUACACAUACAGCGGCCGCAGCAAGAGCCACAGCAGCAGCAGCAGCAGCAGCAGCAGCAGCAGCGGGACCGGAAGCCAUUUGAAGCAGCAGCAGCAGCAAAAGGCGAGAGCAGCAUCUGCAGUAGAGAGAGCGCAUUCAGCAGCAGCAGUAGCAGCAGCUGACCAAACGAAGUCUCCGCAGCAGCUACAGCAGCAGCUACAGCAGCAGCAGCAGCAACAGCAGCAGCAGCAGCAGCCGCAGCAGCAGCCGCAGCAGCAGCAACAGCAGCCGCAGCAGCAGCAGCAGCAGCAGCAGCAGCCGCAGCAGCAGCAACAGCAGCCGCAGCAGCAGCAGCAGCAGCAGCAGCCGCAGCAGCAGCAGCAAGUAUAG